AUGGAUUUGCGAAAUCAUAGACUCUUCAGGCUGAAGAAGACGAACCUAUCAAGGUCUUCGUCAAUAUCUACGCCGAGUCUAGGACCGUUCGAAGCGACGACUGGCGGAGAGAUGGUGUCACGGCGUCGAAUCCUGUCGCGUUCCCGCGAUGAUCUCACUCAGGCUUUCGCCACACAAAUGGAGGAAGAAGAGGAUGUCUGGUAUCAGAAAGAUAAACUGUAUAAGGGGGUCAACUCUGACCCAUUGAUCGAGAUCGUGACCGGUGAACAACAAUGGUGUAUUACAGCACUGCAAAUCGAUGGCGAAUUCACUAUGACCUUACUUACCAUACAAUGUCAAGAACACAUACAAGAGGUUUUAGACAAAUGGACUCAAAUCGACGAUGAGAUCUGGGCGAAGGUUAUUGUAUUUGAAAAGAAUCGGAGAGUGGCAAAGGCAUACGCUCGUGCGCCUGUGCUCACUAUCAACGGUUCUGAUGAUGGAUUCGAUGGAAUGAGAAUUGGCCUUUGCGGAUUCGACAACCCACAUAGAGAUCAAAAAACUGAAGAACUCAAAAAACACAUAGGACAGGGUGUUAAAAUAAAAAUGGAUGAUGCUGGGAACAUACUCAUCAGACGCUAUUCCAAGAGUAGCGUGUUUGUGAAGAGUACUGCUGCCACCAGCAACGAGGAGACAGCGAUCGGGCAGGAUAUAGUCAAACUGCCUGGUUAUUCUUUGGAACAGGAAAAGAUAUUUAAGCUAUUCGACAUGAAGAAAUUCCAAUCCAACGUGAACAGGGAGUUGCGACGUGCGUACCCUGACCGGAGGCGGCUGGAGACUCAGUGCCUUAGCGCUGUAGCCUUCGUUAAGUCUGAUAGUGAACUUCUGGAGUGCCCUAUAUGGGUGCUGGUCAUCAAUGUUGUUGCUAUGGAUAUGCUCAAAUCAAAGUUGCCGCCAGUUCAAAGACCUAUGGAUAUAAAGAACAGACCUCGCAUCCCAAUACCUGAUGAAGAUCCUUACAGCAUUGCUAGCUCCAACGCUAACGGUUCAGGUUCUAGUGGUAGUUCUGGUGGAUACGGACAUAAUGGACAUAACGGGCAUAACGGACACAAUGGCCAUAAUGGCCACAAUGGCCACAACGGCCACAAUGGUCAUGGAGUCGUUGCUGCAACAAGGGAGCAACUUAUGAUGCAAAUGGGACAGAGGAGAGGCGAUAAGCCUCCAAAACUACCACCUAGGGAAAAUGGCUACGGUCCAGCCGAUAUUCCAAAGCCGGACUAUGACGAUAUUGAGGUUAACGAACGUGUUCCGACACAGUUCCCCAGAGGAAAAUCUGACAAAGGAAAAGAUAACAAAAAAUACGAUGAUCCUUACUAUUGCGGAUUGCGCGCCCGCGUUCCCAACUUCGUGAAGGCUACAGGCAAGCACGUCCUGCCUGCGAUGACUGAGCGGCUUACCCUGAAGGAGACGCCUGUACCCAUGCCAGUGCCCAGCAAGCGUUUCAGCGUCGCCCAUCCCCACGGCUUCCCACCCCAAAUGCCCUUCGCACACCCCAUGCAGCAAGCGCUGUGGCACGCGCGCUCCUACGAAAGUGGAAUCGAUGGGGAGCAUUACGAUCCUUACGCGCUGUAUGGACGUUUGCCCGCAGGACGCUUCCCGCCACCCCCGGCGCCCAACGCGCGACAUAUGUUCAUUGGAGAAUGGGACUAA